AUGAAGAUGGAUCUAUAAUUAUAUGGUCUUUAAAUCUCAUAUCAAAUCCAAAAUAUUUGUUUAAACUUAGGAAACAUAUGCAAGCUAUAUCAAGUAUGGUUGUGCAUCAAAUUAAGGAAGACUUAAUCAUAAGUGGCUCUUUUGAUAAAACCAUCAAUAUUUGGUUAAAUCGAUCUUCUCCAUCUUCACAUUCUUGAUGGUAGUGUAUAUAAACCAUUAAUUAACAUUAAGAUUUGGUUUAUGGAUUAUCUAUAAACAAAGAGGGAAAUGCUUUACUUUCUUGUAGUAUAGAUAAUUAAAUAUUAAUAAUGCAAGGAUCAAGAUAAAUGGAAUGGCAAAUAAAAUAGAAGAUUAAAUUAGAUGGGGAAGGAUCUAGAAUAGGUUUAUUACUAAUGGACUUUUUACAUUUUAAUCAAGAAUACCUAGAAAUCCUCUUUUCUUAUACUAGCUUGAUGAAAAUACAUAAGUGUUCAACAAAUUAUUAGAUAUUAUUGUAAAAGAUAGUCUUCCCUCUUGUUUAUAUAUAUAAUAAACAAAUUCUUAUAUCUAAAAUGGAUAGAAAGUUAAUUUAAUAAAAUUAACAUUCUAUCCAUCAAAUUAAAUACUCAAUUAAAUUUAAUCAAUAGAUUAUGGAUUCAAACCAAACCAAAGGGCUGGCUAUUUGGUAUUGUUAUACAAGAUGGGGAGUAUUUGAUCACCUUGGAUCAAAAGUCUAAGAACAUUUAAAUGCGAUCAAAUUUAGAAAACAUAAUCAAAUAAGAAUAAAACUGAAAUAUAUUAUAUUUAUAUUUUCGAAACUAUUAAAAAUCAUAUUGUAAUUACUCUUGGAUCGUCAAUAAAUCUAAAUGAAACUAUGUAGUGGGGAAUCAACUAAUAGUAUUAGAGUAUUUACAGUUAAUAUAAUAGAAAAGUGAUCCAGUUUGAAUGGUGAAAAAGAGAAUUAAAAUCAGAUAAUUUUGUUUUAGUGUGUGGGUAUUAACUAAUGAUACCUUUGUAUUUUAACAAGUUUCUAAAAAUUGGAAUUGGAUACCACAUUUUAAUGUUUAUACAUAAAAUGAAUAUUUAUUGCAAAGAACAAUUCCUUUCAAUAGUAGAGAGAAAUCCUGCUUUAAUAAUUUCCCUUUCUUAUUUAAUAGAUAAAAAUGUAUACUUUUUGUGAAGAAUGGAAAUUACAUCAAUUUAUUUAAAAAUACUGAUGGAAAAUUUAAACAACGAUAAAAGCAAGUUUUUUUGAUAUCACAACCAUAUUAGUACUUAAGCCAUAAACAAAAUUUUAAGUAAAGAUGA